AUGCUUUUGGGCAUUUAAUAGGAGAAAUAUAAGUCUUUACCAAAAAAAAUUAAGACAGAAAGAGAGAGAGAGAGAAAUUCAAGUCCACAUUUAGACAUAAAUACCGGAAUUAAAGGGGCCCAAAUCCAAACAGUAACUCCUCUCACUCUCUCUCCUUGGUCCUUACUCAUCGCUCUAUAAACCAUCCUUUUAAUCUUCUUCCUUUCCGAACAUUAGCCCACUCUCCAUCUGUUUUCUUCUCCAUUGGGGGGAUUGCAAACGGAGCGAGAGAUGGAUCUCCGGUCUCAUCACUCCGCUGCCAUUGCUGCUGCAACGCUGCUGUUGAUUUGUCUUCUCCACCCCGCAAAGGGCAAUGUUGGGCGGCUGGGCCGCAGCGUCGGUCAUGGCUGCAAUUACUUCGAAGGCAGUUGGGUGUUCGACGACUCUUACCCUAUGUACAACUCAUCACACUGCCCCUUCAUCGAGCACGAGUUCACCUGCCUCAAGAACGGCCGUCCCGAUCAUCUGUACCUCAAUUACAGAUGGAAGCCCACUGCUUGCGACUUGCCCAGGUUCAACGGUGAGGAUUUCUUAAUGAGAUUUAAAGGAAAAAGCAUAAUGUUCGUAGGGGACUCGCUCAGCCGGAACCAGUGGGAGUCACUGACGUGCUUGCUUCAUACUGCUGUCCCACAUGCCAACUACACCCUGCAGAGACAAGACUCCCUCUCUAACUUCACAUUGCCGGAUUAUGGAGUUUCAGUGCUGCUACUUCGUAAUGUGUUUCUGGUAGACGUUGUAAGCGAAAAGAUUGGUCGAGUUCUGAAGCUGGAUUCCAUCGAAGGAGGCGAGGCAUGGCUAGGCAUCGAUAUGUUGGUCUUCAACACAUGGCAUUGGUGGAAUCGCAGAGGCAGCACCCAACCAUGGGACUUCAUUCAAGUGGGGAACAGGAUUUACCGAGACAUAGAUCGUUUGCUUGCUUUCGAGAAAGCACUUAUUACCUGGGCUGGAUGGGUAGACGACAACGUUGAUCCCACAAAGUCUCUAGUCUUCUUUCAGGGGAUUUCUCCAUCACAUUACAACGGUUCUGGGUGGAACGAGCCGAGUGUGAAGAGCUGCCAUGGACAGACGCAACCUGUGAACGGGUCUACGUACCCAGGAGGUUCACCUCCGGCCUUGGACGUGCUGAAGAGUGUGUUGAGGAAGAUGGUGAAGCCUGUGUACCUGCUUGACGUGACGGGUCUUUCGCUUCUGAGGAAGGACGGCCAUCCGUCUAUUUAUGGGUUUUCUGGGCGAGAGGGAAUGGACUGCAGCCACUGGUGUCUGGCCGGCGUUCCAGAUACUUGGAACCAACUCCUCUAUAAUGCUCUUAUACGUUGAAGAGAUCAUAUGAUAUGAAUUAUUAUUGUAUUGAUUAAUUUUAUAUCAAUAAUAGAAAUGGCAAUAAGCUGAAGAAGCACCUUCCUUAGUGUUG